AUGAACGGCAUGUUCGAGCCCUUACCCGGCCUCCUUGAUGAUCCUCUGUUUCAACUGCCUGAUCUGCCUGCUCUGACCGACAUUCAAAUUGCGCCUCUCCGGAAUCCUGCUCCAAGCCGUCAUGCAAAUGUUCCUCUGCCUCUCGAGCCUGUGGCCGACAAUAGUCUAGGUAAUGGACGAACAACUAAAAACACUACACAUGCUGUGGAUAGCCCCGAGAGGAAGAGGCCGCCAAAGAUCACACCCAACGAUGUCCUUCUUGCACGAGAAGCCAAAAGACCACACUUGGCUAUCAGCGAGCUGCUGGAAGCCAACCAAGGCCCCGACCCCGCCCCAACGUCCUUACCAUCGUUCAUUAGUUUGUCUGUGGUAGAAAAAUCACCUAUCCAAGUUCCUUCGUUUCUCGAACAUCCUCACUCCCUACGGCGUUUGAGGUUGGACGGUGACAACGACCAUGUCGCCCUUGACUGGAACAGGCAUCUUCCUCUGCCAGCUCAGAAAGAAGACCGACACACCAGACCUGCUCCACUUCUCCCUGCCAUGGUCACAGGGCUACACGAACCUCCUCCGUCUGCAGCUCUACUACCAUCCAUUGACCUUGAGUCUAUACGUGCCGCGGUUCCAGGCACACAUGAACCUCAUUCUUCUUCAGCUCUGUUACCAUCGAUUGAUCUUGAUCCGACACAUGCCGCCAUCACAGGACUGUAUAACUCUCACCCUGCACCUUUGCAGCCGCCGAUCUAUUCGGAGCCGAUACAUACCACAGGCACGGGGCAGCGUGAACCCCUUCCUCCUUUGACGACCCAACUACCAUCGAUUGACUUUAAUUCGCUGCAUGCGGUUGUGCGGCCGGCAUCAACAUCGAGAAUCAACGUCAGAGACAUGCUCACAGAGUCCGCGCAGCCAAGUCUUGAAUCAUAUCUGCCCGAGUCCGAACCUAAUCAACCCGAUCCUGAACCCACCAGCCUAUGCCCUGACUCCUACCACCAAGAAUCCGAGCUUUUCUACCCGAGUCCUGAGUCUUACCCUCGCGAUGCUGAGCCCGCUAGCCUAGACCCUGAGGAUUCCCACCACCAAGAAUCCGAGCUCUAUCAGCCGAGUCCUGAGCCUUCUCCGCGCGAUGCUGGGCCUACCAGCAUAGGUCCUGACCCCUCCCACACAGAAUCCGAGUUCCAUCAGCCAAGUUCUGAGCCAUAUCCCCCCGGUCAUGAGCCUGACUCACCAGAGCCCGACCCGGAGCCCGAGCCCGAGCACGAGGACGAGGCUGAAGCCGAGGCUGGACCUGAGCCAGAGCCAGAGCCAGUGCCAAUGCCAGUGCCAGUGCCAGUUCUAGUGCCAGAGCUCGAGCCAGAGCGUCGGCUCCCUAUCGGGCCCAAUCCUUCUGGCUUCAUUAUCGACAAACGGCUUACUUUUACUCGAGCGUACCUACAAGAUAAGGCAAUCCCAAAUGAGAUCCGUAAAACCAUUCCAGCAAUCCAUCCUUUCUACUCAGAUCCAAGUCGGGGGAUUUACAGACGCCGAACCAGGCGGCGAUGGACUGAUGCUGAAACAGCAGAUCUCUUGGCUGGAGUGACCAAGCACGGCGUUGGGCGAUGGAAACAGAUUCUGGAGGAUCCAGCUUACAAGUUUGGCGAUAGGAAUUCCGUUGAUCUGAAAGAUCGGUAUCGCGUAUGCAUCAGCGAGAGGCCUCCCCCGGACUCAACCACAGAUUUGAGAGCCGACAGCCCUAUUGACGAGGCAUCUCCUUCUGUUGAAAUAUUAGGAAUAAGGCACUGUCGCGACUUCGCCGACCCAGCCCGUAGGGGUCACAAACAACGUCGUAGGCGCCGCGCUUGGACAGAUCGUGAGGACGAGCUUCUCAUGGAAGGCGUGGCCCGACACGGAUUUCAGUGGACUGCCAUACAUGAUGAUCCAGACCUUAAUCUGUCGCACAGACGAGCAACAGAUCUCCGAGAUCGCAUCCGAAAUAAAUUCCCGGAUGGGUACAAGCAUGCCGAGUCUGCGCCGUUCAGGUCCGAGGUCAGGAAAGCAGAAAGAGAAGCCCUCUCUGCCGAAGCUACAGUCGUCCCGGGGAGAGAGCCAAAUGCGACCAAAGUAACCGCGAGAACACAGGACGAGUCCGAGAAAGCGACAGCCACAGAUAAAAGCGCGACCGCUACAGCUCGAACUCAACGCCGCCGGAUUCGACCAACGACCUCUCCAACUGAGGGCGACCGUGAGAAUAUGCAGGAGCAACACGACACAGAAAGAGAGCGAGAGGGGGAAAGGGAGCACCAGCCCCUCGUCACAUUACCCAGUUUCCAACUUGGCUUUUUUGAUGAUAUGGACUGGGAGGAUAAUAGGCUGCCCCCGUUGCAUGAAUGGGAUGAGGACGAUGAUAGUGAGUAG